UUCUAUCAGCAUAUGCGUCGGUAUGCGUUUAGCAUCAUCAUGACCAAUACGUUUGGUACGCGCGUCAAGACCCUCGAUCAUCCGGAUAUGCAGAAUGCUGUUCGGAGUCAAGCGAUUCUCAGACGAACAUCACGCCCUGGUGCAUUUCUCGUUGACGAAGUGCCGCUGCUGGCUCGGUUACCGAAAUGGCUUCAACCCGGCCACCAAAAAGCCAAAGCAGCAGCCAAGGAGGUCUUGGAUAUUAAAAUGGGACUCUGGCGACGAGUCGAGAAUCAGGUAGCGUCUGGCAAAGCACCUCACUGCUACGCACGCCAGAUCGUCGAGACAAAGGAGUCGUGGUAUGCUCAGGGGUUAACCGAGGAGCAUCUGGCGUGGGUGACAGGAGGACUGGUCGAGGCAGGAUUUGAAACUACAGCAGCAACCUUGAAUAGCCUCAUGCUUUAUCUCGCUGCGAAUCCGCGGGUUCAGAAAGAAGCCCAACGAGAGUUGAUAAAGGUUGUUGGACCGACUCGUCUGCCUACAUUCGACGAUAUGCGUAAUCUCCCCUACAUCCGAGCCUGCGUGAAGGAAAUGCUUCGCAUAAAUCCCAUCCUCGCCCCGGGGGUUAGACACUACGCAGAGCAAGAUGUCUCUUACAAAGGCUAUAUUAUUCCCAAAGGAACUGUCUUGCUGGCCAACACGGCAUUCCUGCACUACGAUCCCAAGCGAUUUGAGAAUCCGUUCGAGUUCAUGCCGGAACGAUAUCUCGACCAUCCUUUGUAUAGCUCUGAUUAUGCAGCUAUAAGCGAUCCGUACAAACGCGAUCACUUCACCUUCAGCACAGGACGGCGCACGUGUCCUGGUGCACGACUGGCGGAGAACUCUCUUGACAUUGCUCUCGCUGGAAUUAUGUGGGCGUUUGAGAUUCGACCACCCCUCGUGGAUGGUGUGGAGGUUGAGAUGGAUCUAGGCGAGGAUGCUUAUCUGGAUGCUGGGUUUACCAUUCCCAAGCCUUUUGUUGCUAGAUUCAUUCCAUGGAGUCCGGAGAAGUUGGAAGUAAUUAAGAAACAAUGGCAGAUUGCAAGACAGGAGGGGUAUGAAUUACGGGGGGUACCAGUGGAUGUUAAUGGAAUGGUUCAAUGAUUGAGUCUCAUAUCUAUUCUUGUCAUGCUAUCAUUACAGUCAGUUUAG